AUGGACAAUCUUGAUCUACAACUCGGAUGGGACGAAUACAUAUCUAAGGAACGAAAGCAAGUUGCUCUACAAAUGAGCUUGCUAAAUAUUAAGGACCCAAUGAUUCGUCGUUACACUGGGAUUAGUGAGCGGUCAUUGCGAUAUCUUCGGAAGGCAUAUUGGGAGACUGGCGAAGUUGUGAGGACACCAGUUAUUACUUAUUCUCAGUACUACAUAUAUGUUAUUUCUCAGUUCCUUGAGGCGUGUAUCAAGCGACAACCAGAUAUUCUCCUCACCGAGAUGCAAGAUCAACUGCGGGAGACUUGUGGUGUUGAAGUUUCGAUUACAACAAUUUCAAGAAUGAUAUGUAGGUGA